AUGGCCAAAAUCUACUUCAUCUCCUUCAUCUUCCUCAUCACCAUCUCCAAUUCCAUACCCAAAACCCAGUCUUUCGUCCAAACCAUCUCCCCAGCAACACUCGGCCUCCACAAACCCCAAAAACUAAGCCACCUCCGCUUCUACUUCCACGACAUCAUCGGCGGAAAAAACCAAACCGCCUUCCGUGUCGCUUCCUCUCCAUCCACCAACAACUCUCCGACGGGAUUCGGUUCGGUAGUGAUAAUGGACGACCCGUUAACGGUUUCACCGGAGUCAAAUUCCGAAAUUGUAGGAAGAGCACAAGGAAUCUACGCUUCAGCCUCGCAGAGUGAAUUGGGUUUUCUCAUGGUGCUUAACUUUGCUUUCAUUCGAGGGAAUUAUAAUGGAAGUAGUCUGAGUGUUUUGGGAAGGAAUACGGUGGUGUCCGCCGUGAGGGAGAUGCCGGUUGUCGGUGGUAGUGGGCUGUUUAGAUUUGCGACUGGGUAUGCUAAGGCAUCUACUCAUUCUUCAACUGAGUUAGAAGCUGUUGUGGAAUAUAAUGUUUAUGUUUUCCAUUAUUAA